AUGACGAACAACAACUUGAACUCCUUCCGCGAUGUGAUCAUCGUAGGCGCUGGUAUUUCCGGAAUCAACACUGCCCAUCAUAUCCAAACGAAUCUUCCCAAUUUCAAUUAUUCGCUACUUGAAUCCCGGAGCAACAUCGGGGGUACAUGGGACUUAUUCCGCUAUCCUGGGAUCCGCUCUGACACAGACCUGCAUACAUUCGGGUUCCCGUGGAAUCCAUGGCAUGAAAAUAGAGCCAUAGCAGAUGGCGGAUCCAUCGCUAAUUACCUAUGUCAGUCUGCCAGAGAUGCGGGUAUCGAUCAACAUAUCUUGUUUCGAUACCGUGUUGUCUCUGCAAAUUGGUGCACCGAAGUGGGACUAUGGGAACUGGACAUUGAUAUAGAAGACAACCGCCGUGUGCAGCUGCAAUGCCGGUUUCUGGUCUUGGGAACGGGCUACUAUGAUUACACCGAGGGACUCGAGCCAGAUAUCGCCGGGCUCUCGACCAACUUCAAGGGCACCGUGGCCCAUCCCCAAUUCUGGCCCGAGAGCCUGGACUACACCGACAAGCGCGUUGUGAUUAUUGGCAGCGGUGCAACUGCCAUCACGCUUCUACCAAAUAUCGCCACAAAGGCUGCACAUGUCACCAUGGUGCAGCGCAGCCCAACAUACAUCAUGUCCAUUGACAACCAGACGGGCAGUUCCCUGAGACACAAGGUGCUGCCACAGUCCUGGGCCUUCAAGAUCGAUAGAUGGAUAUUCAUGUGGGCUAUUGUCGUGAUAUACCAGGCCUGUCGGCUCUUCCCCGGGUGGUCCAGAAAGACCCUGCAGUCAGCCGUUGCGAAACAGCUUCCAGACCACGUCCCAAUCGACCCCCAUUUCGUGCCACGGUAUAAGCCCUGGGACCAGCGGCUUUGCUUUUCUCCCAAUGGGGACUUCUUCGAGAGCCUGCGCGCUGGUAAAGCUCAUCUUGAAACUGGCUGUAUCAAAUCCGUGGCUGCUGGUUCGGUGAUUAUGGAGUCAGGCAAGGAUCUUGAUGCAGAUAUCAUUGUCCCUGCUACUGGGCUCAAGCUUGCUAUCGGUGGUCGCAUUGACGUCAAAGUCGACGGAAUCCAGGUAGACCUUGCGGAUCGGUAUGCCUGGCGUACGGCGCUCUUGCAGGAUGUGCCGAACCUGGCUUUCAUGAUGGGGUAUGUCAAUGCGUCUUGGACUCUCGGGACGGAGACUACCAGUCAGCUACUGUGUAGACUCCUGCUAUAUAUGGAGCGGAAUAGAUACACCACGGUGGUCCCCCGUGUCCCGGUAGGCUCUCACCUGCAGCCGGAACCGAUGUGGAACCUCGACGCUACUUAUGUUAAAAAGGCAGCGGGACAAAUGCCCCGGUGUGGAAACAUUGGGCCGUGGAAGGGCCGGACGAACUAUUUCGUGGACCUUUGGAAGGCGAAGUAUGGAAGCAUCACUGAAGACGUGGAGUUUGAUACUGCGGGGAGCAAGGCAUAG